AUGGGUUAUUACCUCUUCAUGGUGAAGGGUAAUGUCAAAGCCAGAGUGGAGCACAGACAGGAGGAGAUAGCCCUCCCUCUGGACUACUCCUUUUUCCAAGUCAAAGCACCUGUGGAGAUCCUGCGUUUUCCACCACGAAUUGACUCACCAUUGGGAUUGAAGACGCCUAAGGACGCAUCGGGUAAGUGGCUGACCAAAGCACUAAAAUUAAACAACAAUAUUGUGGAGGAUCUCGUUGAUCUGCCACGUGUUGUUUCUAGUCUCUUCCCCUACGAGCAAUGGCUCACGUGGUUAGACCUUUCCUGCAACCUCUUGCAUCAAGUUCCACCUGAACUACUUCUCUUGACAAGUCUCAAAGUUCUCUACCUCCAUGGCAACAAGAUUGCCACAACUAGAGAACUAGCGAGGCUGCAUCCGCUCAAAAACCUCAUAAAACUCACAGCUCAUGGAAAUCCAGCCGAGCUGGAGGUGGGCUACUUCAUCACAAUGCUGGCAGCGCUGCCCAACCUACUUAAGCUUGACUUCACCGCCAUUUCAAUCAAUGAGCGACUGGCUGCUGACCAAAUUCGAAAAUCGGAACAGAUUCACAGACGAUAG